UCAAAAAUGUACACCUCAGUGACCCAGAUAAUGCUGACGUUGAUGGUGAGUCUAGGGGUGGUUUAUGGCGAACCACCGCUGAGCAACCAGUAUGGCGUUCCUGCGAAUUUGCCGGUAAGCAACAAUCAAGUAUCCCACGGAGGCGUAACAAAUAGCUAUGGUGCACCACUGGGAUCGGACGGCCAUCACGACGAGCAUCAGGAUUACAUCGACAGUCAGCCGAAAUCCUACGAUUUUGGAUAUGCCGUUAAAGAUUCCGCCACGGGAAAUGACUUUGGUAGACGUGAGAGCAGUGAUGGUGAAACAGUACGGGGCGAAUACCGUGUACAGCUUCCGGAUGGGAGGGUACAGAUAGUGACGUAUACGGCCGAUUGGAGAACUGGCUUCCAUGCGGAUGUCAGAUACGAGGGGGAGGCGACCUAUCCAGAUCAGUAUAAUACUGGUUAUAACAAUGGUUAUAAUAAUAAUAAUAAUAAUAAUAAUAAUGGGUAUAAUAAUGGAUACAACAACGUUAACAAUUACAACAAUGGGGCUGGAUAUAACUAUAAUCAGAACCAGCCGCAAGGAUUCAACUACAAUCAAGGAGGUAAUUACAAUACUCACAGCAACCAAGGAAACUACAACAACUACCAGUACCCAUCGAACCCAGAUUACAACAACUACAAUAAUCCCAAUUCAUUUGCCCCAAGACCCACGUACGGAACACCGCAAUUUCACUGA